GAGGGAAAACAUGGGGACGUUGUACCAAGGUACUGUGCCGCAUAAGUCGCUCCGUUUGAGCAUGGGAGGAUCAUGCGUCUCCGACUACGUCAAGAAAUUUGCGACGAAAGAUAAACCAGAAGAGAAAGCAUCGAAAGGAAAGCAUGUUCCCAUCAAGAAAGGAAUCCAGGUCGAAGGCAAGAAUUCCUUGGAAGAAAACAAAAGGGAGAAAAAGUCGGAUGAACCUGAUGGAGUAUGUGAAAAGAUGAACAUGACUAAUACCGAUCUUUCCAGCCCACGUGGGAAAGAAAGGAUGGCCCAGGUUGAAUCAAUGGAAGUUUUGGGUUGCCAACUUCAAAAGGAUGCCCGCAUCAGUGCCCUGGUUGAGAACGAUGGUCUUUCCUGCAUCGCCGGAGGCAAUCCAGCAGGACCGGAGAAUACAGAUAAAGCUCCAGGCUUGGAAGAACCUGCAACAAAGAUGAUCAAUCCAAAACCCAAGGAAAGUGCAAAGGAAGUUCCUCGACUCGUUUCUCCAGCUCAGGAAGCUGUCUCGUCCACUUCCAAGCCUGGUGGUGAAGUUAAACAGACGAGGAUUUCCAUCAACGUGCAAAUGAGCGACACUCAAGAGACACCUCUGAAGAGCCAAGAAGGAAAUGUCGGAGGAGGCCACGCUGGAAAAAGCGCCAGGGUAUCCGUCCUUCGGUCUCUACCGCUGGCAGGUGAAGGAGCGAAACGUUGCCCAGACUCUUGUAAAGGCAAGGAGGCCUAUAAGAGCAGCAGGACUGAUCCCUCCCAAGCCGGAAAAGGGGCCAAGUCUUCCGAUAAGCAAGUCGAGCGGACCCCUAAGCUGGUGGAUCCGGAGCCGCUGGCGAAAGCCGAAGAGAAAGGAGAGCUAAAAGGCAAGGCUGUGGGCUCCAUUGCAAAGGAUUCUGGGAAAGAUCUGGGGGCCACAACGAAAAGGCCCAAAGGAGGGGCAACGGUGAGGAAAGACUCUGUAAAAGAGAGCAAACUGGAGACCGUAGAAUCUGGUGGCCCGCCUCCAGCGGAGCAGGAAAGUAGAUCCGGUCAGCAUGCAGGGAAACCAUCCGAAAAUGCUGCUUUGGCAGGAGUUGGUAAAAUGGAAGAAGUGAUCAUUGAUGACAGCCCUCCGCCUCCCGCUCCGUUUGAGCAUCGCAUAGUUAGCAUCAAGCAAACCGAGGUGUCUGCGGGCUAUUUGGUUUGCCAUCACGAAGUCUUGGGAGGGGGGCGUUUUGGUCAAGUCCACAAAUGCGCCGAAAAGUCGACCGGACUGUCUCUCGCGGCCAAGAUCAUCAAGGUCAAAGCUGCAAAGGAAAGGGAAGAAGUGAAAAAUGAAAUAAACAUCAUGAACCAGCUCAAUCAUGUCAACUUGAUCCAGCUUUACGACGCUUUUGAAUGCAAGAACAACCUCACUUUGAUUAUGGAAUAUGUUGACGGGGGUGAACUGUUUGACCGGAUCACAGACGAAGCCUACCAUUUAACCGAACUGGAUGCUAUCCUGUUUACUAAGCAAAUAUGCGAAGGAAUCCACUACCUCCAUCAACAGUACAUUCUUCAUCUCGACCUCAAGCCCGAGAAUAUCCUCUGUGUGAAUCGCACUGGGAACCAGAUUAAAAUCAUUGAUUUCGGACUAGCAAGAAGGUACAAGCCCCGCGAGAAGCUGAAAGUUAAUUUUGGUACCCCGGAAUUCUUGGCUCCCGAAGUGGUGAACUAUGACUUUGUGUCGUUCCCCACAGACAUGUGGAGCGUGGGCGUCAUCACUUACAUGCUGCUGAGCGGCUUAUCGCCUUUCCUCGGAGAAACAGACACGGAGACGAUGAAUUACAUUGUGAACUGCAGCUGGGAUUUCGACGCAGAAGCCUUUGAACAAGUGUCGGAGGAAGCAAAAGACUUCGUUGCGAGACUCCUGGUGAAGGAAAAGGGCGGCAGGAUAAGCGCAGCAAAUUGUCUGAAACAUGAAUGGCUGAGGGACCUCUUUGGCAAAGCCCAGAAAUCCAAGGCCCGCUUGAAGUCUCAGCUACGGCUACAGAGUUACAUGACGCACAGGAAAUGGAAGAAGCAUUUCUACGUGGUCACUGCCGCCAACAGACUAAGAAGAUUCCCGAGCCUGUCUGAGAACCCAGCAUAA